GGCAGCUGCAUCGCACUUCAAUAGGAACUUGUGCCACCCAUAAAUCAUCUCUAUUAUCUCGAGAAAAUGAGAUAUGUUGCUUCAAUUGCUCAAUGAUCAUUCAAAUGCUGUACCUUCAACAUGAUGGCCAUUACUUAUCUAGAAAUUAUACUUCUUCUAUUCUUGUCCCUGUGGACCAUCUAUGGCGCUAUUCAUCGUCUAUACUUAAGUCCCAUUGCCAAGUUUCCUGGUCCAAAGCUUGCAGCUUUGACAUCGUGGUAUGAGAUCUACUUCAAUAUCGUGCGUGAUGGACAAUGGCUUUGGGAAAUCAAACGAAUGCACGAAAAGUAUGGUCCUAUCGUGCGCAUUAAUCCCUAUGAAUUGCACAUUAAUGAUGUGAAUUAUUAUGAUGAAUUAUACGCGGGCAAUACGAGAAAACGUGAAAAAUAUCCAUGGUUUGUUAGUGCUGGCGGUUCUCCAGGAAGUUCUUUUGAAACCAUAGGACAUGACCUCCAUCGUCUCCGAAGAAACGCCGUCAACCCCUUCUUCUCCAAGCGGUCUAUCAUGGCUAUGGAGCCGCUUAUCAAAUCAAAAAUCUCUCUACUGUCUGAUGUAUUUCAGUCUCAUUUCGCGCAAGCAACCCCCAUUAGUCUUCGGGUAGUAUUCUCAUCGCUUACUUUGGAUGUGAUUUCCGAUUAUUGUUACGGGGAAGCUUUCGGCGCUUUGACUGAUGAGAAUUUGGCUGAAAUAUGGAGUACCACACUUUCUCAAGUCAUGUCUAUAACGACUAUUGUUAUGCAUUUCCCUAUAGUGUACACAAUUCUAUCGUGGCUACCUAGUAGCCUAGCUGGGCCUGUGCUGGGACAUCACAGAAAUUCAAGAAAACAAGUGGCACGUAUUUUAAAUCAUGAAGAUGUUGGGGGUCGUCAAGACACAAUAUUCCACGAACUUCGCGAUAGCAGCCUUCUUCCUCCCGAAGAAAAGACACUCAGGCGACUCGCUGACGAUGGAAAUAUCAUGGUUGGAGCUGGAGGCGAGACCACAGCCCAAACUUUAGCGGUAUUGCUUUAUCAUCUCCUGAAUAAUCCAAAAAUGCUAUCGAGGGUCAAGGAUGAAAUUGGCACCUUGGGUGAAGACAUCACAUGGGGGAGAUUGGAAACCCUACCGUUCCUGUCGGCGGCCGUAACCGAAGCAUUACGUCUUUCAAGCGUGGUAACCUCGCGCCUUCCUAGAAUCGCACCCAAUGAAGACAUGAAGUUUCAGAAAUGGACAAUCCCUGCUGGUACACCAACAAGCAUGUCUUACUAUUUAAUCCACUACUCCCCCGAGAUUUUCCCCUCUCCUCAUGAAUUCAACCCGAGUCGCUGGCUUACGGAGUCAGUCUCAAAAGAUUCGACUACUGGAGAUGCAGUGCGCAAACAUAGGCUGGACAAGUAUUUUGUCCCUUUUUGCAAGGGGACCAGAAUAUGCCUUGGCAUGAACCUAGCGUAUGCAGAAUUGUUUCUCACAACAGCGUAUAUACUCAAACGUUUUGAUCUUGAGCUUUAUGGAACUACGAAGAGAGAUGUGGAAAUUAAGAGAGAUCAUUUUGUUGCAGCGCCAGCGGCAGGAAGUAAAGGUAUUAGGGUUAUAGUCACGCAUGAUAAUGGGGAGUAAGGAAGUGACGGGGUGCGAUAUCUUGAAGUAGGUGCUUAUGCACGUUGAAGUCUUAUCGAGAUUUGGAUUAUACUUAGGAGCUUGUACCACCUGCCUUUCCGCUCGUUGUCUCAGGGUGAAGAUCUUUUGUUCCAUAAACUAUGCGAUUGUCUGCUACUGGAAGACCAUCAAACGAUUCCGAGGUCUCCAAUAGUAACGUGUACAACGCCAUGAGAUUUGUUAAGAGAGGGCUCAAGAGAGACUUGGGUAGCCAAGUCGUAGAACGAUGGUGCUUUGUAGGACGUGGAAUAGAUUAUACUCAUCAAAAGUUCAGCACCCAUGCCUUCAUU